GAGCCAUGGUGGGAGGCGAGGCGGCCGCCGCCGUGGAGGAGCUGGUCUCGGGCGUGCGGCAGGCGGCUGACUUCGCCGAGCAGUUCCGCUCCUACGCGGAGAGCGAGAAGCAGUGGAAAGCCCGCAUGGAAUUCAUCCUGCGCCACCUUCCCGACUACCGCGACCCGCCCGACGGCGGCGGCCGCCUGGACCAGCUGCUGUCCCUCUCCAUGGUGUGGGCCAACCACCUCUUCCUGGGCUGCAGCUACAAUAAAGAUCUUCUAGACAAGGUGAUGCAAAUGGCGGAUGGAAUUGAAGUGGAAGACCUGCCACACUUUACUACCAGAAGUGAAUUAAUGAAAAAGCAUCAAAGCUAAGGCAGAAGAUUUAGCGCAUCUCCAUCACUGGCAGCAGGCUUAGACUGGAGGCUGGGGUGAGUGUGACUGCCCGCAGCAGCUCUUCAGACUGGGCCUGGGCAGCAGAGUGGCUGCUGUGGACAGAGACCCAUCUAAAGGACUUCUCAGGAGGUGUCCGUCCUCCGGCAGCCGUCACUGCACAGUGUAUGUGGAUAUGCAUGUGCUUAUGAACCCUGGGCUCUCAGAUCGCUUCAUCAGCACUGCACAAGCCAAACCUACUUUGAAAUGCCUUUUAUGUUGAUGUGGCAAUGACAGAUAAUGAAUUUUAUAGUUUGGAUUUUUCAACAAAGUACUUUUAAGUGUGAUUCUGGUUUUUGCCCUCUCCCCUUCUCCGUUUUCCUGCUGAGGCAAGCCAGUUUCUCUGUUUCCUUAUUUCUACCUGGAGUUUAUGUCAGACCUAUGUCCUGCUGCCACCCAUGCUUGCUAUAGGAAGACAGAAUCACUUCAUAGGCUUGAGGUAUUCAGGAGCUAGCUCACGGGAAGAGGCAGUCUUAUUUUAAAAUUCACUGAGGCCUGGCGAUGCCGGUGAAUGGUAGAGCACUUGCCAGGCAUGCUUGGGGCCUCGGGUUUGAGCCUCAGUGCUUCAGGAAAGCAGUCAGACAAGUAGCUAGCUAGGUGACAUUCGUCUGUUCACUCACUGAUGAGCACUUGCACGUUUGUCAUGCCAGCCAGCUGGGCUUUGGGUUCUGCAGGUCUCCCCCGCUGCUGAGGAACACCCAUACUCUCUCUAUCUGGAGCGCAUCCACGCUAGGAUCUUGUGGACUUGAACCGCAGUCCUGCUUUGUCCUGAGAUGUUGGUGUUCAUGAUGUGCUCUGAACCCUCUUCCUUUUGUUCUUUUCACUCUUACCACUAGGUAAACACCUCCAGGUGUAAAUAACGGAGGGCUUCAGCGUGGGAUGAAGGAUUUGGCAGUGGCAGGCUCUGAGGUUGGUGCUGGCCGCUACGGCCGGUAGACCCUGCCUUAGCUUUAUCUGCUGAAUGCACAGAACUGAGUUACCAAAAGUAGACGUGACUGGGGAACAUGGUGUCUGGGAACAGAGCUGUGGGAAGGUACUCUGGCUCAGGGCUUGAGGUGAAGGCGGCAUCUUUGUGCAGUGUCUAGUUCCAGUCCUCAGUGACCAGGAUAGACCAUAACCAUAGACAAGCCUUACCUUGAAAAUGUUGACAGAAAUGCAGACCUCAGAGCUAUAGCAAGGACCAAGGUCAUGACGGCAGAGGACAAGUGACACAUGCACCGAGCCUUAGCUGAACUUUCUUCCAUCCUGAUCAUUUGUGUAAAUUUCGAAGACUUUUAAAAACUGAAGUUAAAGAUUGUGUUUAUCCACUUUAAAAUGCACUUUCCAUUUCUCACAGGUUUUAUUUUAUGUAUAUAGUCCCCAAUAAAAUGGCCUUUCCAGUGUAUAAAAAGUUUAAA